CUUAUUAAAUAGACUGGUAAGGUUGUUUUCGGCCAAUGAAACAUCAGAGCAGUUCUGGGAUCAAAAGUUGUACAAACAUGAUUCGGAUCUGUAUAGACCAUACACAUGCCUGAUUCCUGUUCUGAGUGAUUUGGACAAUUUGGCGGUCAGCACAGAAGAGUUGGAUAAAUCUGCUUUCGGAAUUCUAAGGCUGCAAGAAGUCUAUAAGUUAGACACUCGUUUGCUGCGUCGUGGAAUAAUACGCGGAUUUGAGGCAGUGCGUAGUCUGUCGGACGAUGAGUCACUGGCUAUUGUGGGGGCCGCAGCUAGAUUUGAGGACAAAUGCAGAGGAGCCAGAUGGAUCAAACAUCUCUCGCACAUGUUUGCACAAGACCUGAAAGUGCAAUUGAAUAUCAACAUAGGCGAAGAAGUGAAGCUUAAAUGUAGAAACAACACGUGUAUAAGCGGGAAUCACUGUCGCGAGUUGUUGAGUAACGACAAGAAAGCCUUUUUGAAGUUGUGCGAUGGAAAAAGACAGGGCUGGAAUUCUCAGUUGAAGAAGGAGAACAGAUUACAUCAUUGUGAGUUCUACUCGCCUCACCCUGUGUUUUACUGGCAGCCAAUGAAAGUGGAGUGGCUAGCCAGUGAUCCAAAGGUCGGGCAAUUCAUUGAGUUCGCCUCAAGGGAAGAGCUUCACGCUCUCUGGGACCACGCACCAAAAGCUUUUCGCAGCCAAGUGGUCGGAACUAAUAAAACAACUAUAAAAUCGGACGUGCGAACAGGAACGCAGUCUUGGUUUCCGGACAACCACUGGAUUACAAAGCGACUGAGUCUGCGUAUCCAGAAUCUCAUAAAUAUGAACUACGAGACCUCGGAUGACUGGCAGAUCGGAAGUUAUGGAAUCGGAGGUCAUUACUCAGUACACCACGAUUACUUCGAAAAGGACUACGCGCAAAGUCAAUGGUUUCACAAAAGGGGAUACCACAAUAGGUUGGCUACAUUCAUGAUCUACCUUGCAGACGUAGAAUUGGGAGGUUACACAGCCUUCCCCAGAAUGAACAUAUUUGUCAAGCCUGUAAUGGGAAAUGCCAUCUUCUGGACAAAUCUACACUCGGACGGAGAGGGACAGAAUAUCACACUACACGGGGGAUGUCCGGUGCUUCUUGGGAAUAAGAAAAUAGCUAACAAGUGGAUUUAUUAUGGGGGACAGAUGCUUAGGUUUCCAUGUCUUGACGCGUUCAGGAAACCGUAAACUACUGGGAUUUAUAUCUUAUGCGAGGCGGCGUGAAAACAAUGUAAAUGAAGCAGAAGCACCGAUCAAUAGAAACAGUAAUUUAAUGAUUGAAAUCUCCCUGUAAAUUUUUUCUCUUAUUAAACUCAGCCAUAAACUCAAAUUGUGAUAUAAGAUUGUCAGAAGAAUAAGUUAAUGUCGAAUUUCUUGUAAAUGGGAAUAUUUCAGAUGCUAUUU